AUGGGACCGUUCCCCGUUUCUUUCGACAACCUAUACAUCUUAUUGGCGGUUGAUUAUGUUUCAAAAUGGGUAGAAGCCAUCGCAACACGGACCAAUGAUGCCAAGGUAGUGGUGGAGUUUUUCAAGGAUAACAUUCUUUCACGUUUUGGGAUGCCGAGAGCAAUCAUAAGCGACCAAGGAACUCACUUUUGCAAUCGUGUUUUUGGGGCAUUAAUGAAGAAGUAUGGAAUCACUCACAAGAUCUCCACUGCUUAUCAUCCUCAGACGAAUGGGCAAGCUGAGUUGGCGAAUAGAGAAAUCAAGCACAUUUUGGAGAAGACGCUUCAUUUGUUUCCCGGUAAAUUACGUUCUCGUUGGGCUGGCCCUUAUGUUGUUGAACAUGUUUAUCCUCAUGGUGUUGUUGAUGUUGUGAAUCCGUUAAAUGGUAAAUCUUUCAAAGUUAAUGGCCAAAAGCUUAAACCAUUUCUUGGUACUUUUGAGUUUGGAGAGCCGGAUGAGGAGUUAAUCGAUCCAGUUUACACGGUUGAUUAG